GGUCUGAGCCGCGGUCGCAACGCCGCCGGGGGAGUCUUCCCACUCCUUUCUUCCCGGGACUGCCGCGCUCCACCCGUUGGCGCGGAAGGUUUCGCCGCCCUGACCGCUCAGCAGAUCGCGGCCGCGCCAAGCCGCCGACAUGUGCUCCACGCCCGGGCUGCCGACGCCGGGGUCCUCGCUGAUCCUGCGGGUGUCCUUCGUGGACGUGCAUUCUGAGAUAAUCCCCGUGCAGCUUUGGGGGCUGGUGGGCGAGCGGCGGGACGAGUGCCUGCGCUUGAGUCAGGACAUCCAGAAAGCGGCGGCCACGCGGGGCCUGUGGGCGCUGGGCGGCACCGCGGCUUUGCCCGGCGAGCUGUGCCUGGUGCAGGUGGGGCUCCUGUGGCACCGCGGCCGCGUGCUCAGCCGUCAGGGGCCGGAGAGCCGCGUCUUCCUGCUGGACGAAGGUCGCACCCUCACGGCCGAUUCAGGCUCUCUGGUGCCCGGACGCAGCGAGUUCUUCCACCUUCCCUCGGAGGUGCUGGGCUGCGUGCUGGCCGGCCUGGUGCCCGCGGGUGGCGGCGGGGGCGAGUCCCAACUGUGGUCGGCUAGCGCCUUGGACUUCCUUGGCAAACUGCAGGGCAAGGAGUUGCAGGGGCGGGUCCUAGACGUGCUUCUCCCGCACCGCCUGGUCUUUCUGGAGGUGCCCUCUCUCUUCCAGAGGAUGCAGGAACUUGGCCUGGCCCGGCAGGUACCCCACAGCCUCUUCCGCUCGCUACUCAAACGUUACCUCCCAACGGGCUCCGCUGGCCUGGGCUCCGGGGAUGUGGUCUUGCAGCGAGUCCUGCCCAAGCCAGAGCAGCCUGGCCUGGAUUACUUCUAUCCGCAGCUGCAGCUGGGCGUGACGGAGCCUGUGAUGGUGACUCAGGUGUGCCAUCCCCACCGCAUUCACUGUCAGCUCCGGAGCUUCUCGCAGGAGAUCCACCGCCUCUCUGAGAGCAUGGCUCACGUAUACCGGGGUUCCACGGGGACAGAAGAUGAAAACUACACCAGUGCCACUGGGGAAGGAAGGGAGGAGAGCCCAGACAAGCCGGGCUCUCCGUGUGCAUCCUGUGGUUUGGAUGGGCAUUGGUAUAGGGCGCUCUUGCUUGAGACAUUUCGGCCUCAGCGCUGUGCCCAGGUGCUUCACGUGGACUUUGGCAGGAAGGAGUUAGUGAGUUGUAGUAGCCUGCGCUACUUGCUGCCUGAAUAUUUUCGAAUGCCUGUGGUGACCUACCCCUGUGCUUUGUACGGCCUCUGGGACGGGGGCAGAGGCUGGUCUCGGUCACAGGUGGGUGACCUAAAGGCACUGAUACUGGGUCAGGUAGUGAAUGCAAAGAUUGAAUUCUACUGUUCCUUUGAGCACGUGUAUUAUGUCACCCUGUAUGGAGAAGAUGGGACCAAUCUUAACUGUGUAUUUGGACUGCAGUCCUGUUGUUUAGCUGACCGGUUCCUUCAGAGCCAGGGAGCAGAGGAAAAGGAGGAGGAGGGAGAGGAACCAGAAACGGCUCUUCACUGUCAGUCCACCGCUGAAGAAGCGGAUGAAGAGCUUUCACUCCCAGCCUUAAGAUCCAUCAGGUUAAAAAUGAAUACUUUCUAUGACGCCCAGGUAGAGUUUGUCAAAAAUCCUUCUGAGUUUUGGAUUGGGUUGAGGAAACACAGUGGCACCUUCAGCAAGUUGAUGAGGAAAAUGUGCAGUUUCUAUUCGUCAGCCAGUAAACUGGAUGGUGUAGCUUUGAAACCAAAGCCCAAUGGCCUCUGCUGUGUCAAGUGGAAAGAAAAUGGUUAUUAUCGGGCACUGAUCACCAGAUUAGAUGACAAGAGUGUGGAUGUAUUCUUAGUUGAUCGGGGCAAUUCAGAAAAUGUAGACUGGCGUGACGUGCAGAUGCUGCUCCCUCAGUUUAGACGGCUGCCAGGACUGGCUCUGGGGUGCACGCUGGCCGAUAUUUCGCCUUUAGCAGAAACUUGGAGCCAGGAGGCAAUUUCCUUUUUUAAAAAGACUGUGCUCCACAAAGAAUUAGUUAUCCAUGUCCUUGAUAAUCGGGAUAAUCGAUACAUUGUUGAGAUUCUUGAUGAAUCAAGACUAGGGGAAGAAAACAUUAGUAAGGUGAUUGCUCAGGCUGGAUAUGCUAAGUAUCAGGAAUUUGAAACAAAGGAAAGUAUUCCUGGCUGUGCCUACUUCCCAGGGCAUGAUAGUGCUGAGACUAACAAAAUAUCUUCUGCCAGGAAGGAAGAAGUAGAACAGAAAGCCAAGAGAGAGAAAACUAGAUCUGUUUCAGAGGCUUUGACUGACACAGUAGUUGUUACAAAUGUUUCAACUGGACAAGUUGUGCAGGAAAAAGAGCAGAGAGUGCCUGUUUAUUCUCCUCUUAUACAGACUUUCUUGGAAAUGAAACCAGGCUCUUCUUGUAAAGGAGAGAUAAAAGUGGGAAGUACAGUAGAAGUCAAAGUGUCCUAUGUUGAAAACCCCGGCCAUUUCUGGUGCCAGCUGACCAGGAACAUGCAAGGAUUUAAAACUCUCAUGUGUGAUAUUCAGGACUAUUGCAAGAACACCCCCAUUCCUUACCAGGGAACCACUCCUGCUUGUUUGGCAAAGAGAACAGUAAAUGGGAAAUGGUCCAGAGCUCUGAUCAGGGAGACACAAUCUUCAGAGCAUGUCCAAGUAGUAUUUGUAGAUUAUGGAGACAAAGAUAUGGUGUCUGUGAAGAAUAUUUGUUCAAUUACUGAAGAGUUUCUCAAAGUUAAGGCUCAGGCUUUUAGGUGCAGUCUUUAUAAUUUAAUUCAACCCACCAGUCAAAAUCCUUUUGCCUGGGGUACAAAAGCAGUACAAGUUUUCAGUGAAUUUGUAGGUAAUGCAUGGGAAGACAAUCUAGAAUUAAAAUGCACCAUAUUUGCUAUUGCAUCAACAGCUGAUGAGGAACUGUUCUAUAUUGUGGAUUUGCUAACACCGUUUCAGAGCGCAAGCCGUAUUUUGGUGGAAAAGGGACUUGCGAGAGCAAUAAAACUUCCGAGUCCGCUGGGGUUCCCUCUGCAGCUAUGUUCUUACUACUAUUCGACACAUGAUGUGAAAGUUGGAAGUGAAGAAUCAGUGUACAUAACACAUGUUGAGGACCCUUGGACAUUUUAUUGCCAGUUGGGAAGAAAUGCACAUAUUUUAGAAGAGCUGUCAUGUUCUGUUUUACAAUUAAGUAAAACUUUGCUGAAUAUAAACAAGUCUCCCUUGAUCCCUGGAGCCUUGUGCCUUGCCAAGUAUACUGAUAGAAAUUGGUAUAGGGGCAUAAUGAUAGAAAAACACCCAAACAGAGUCUUUUUUGUUGAUUUUGGGAACAUUUAUGUGGUAACAAAUGAUGAUCUGCUUUCAAUACCCGGUGAUACAUGUGACGAUGUCUUAUUUUUGCCCAUGCAAGCUGUUAAAUGUUCAUUAUCUGAUAUUCCUGAUCAUAUACCAGAAGAAAUUACAACAUGGUUUCAGGAGAUUACUUUAGAUAAAUCAUUGAAGGCUAUGGUCGUAGCAAAAGAUCCAGACGGAACACUGAUUAUAGAACUAUAUGAUGACGGUAUUCAAAUUAAUGAGAGCAUUAAUGAGAAGUUGGCGCUACUUGGUUACAAUGGUGGGAAAAGAAAACAAGACGAAAGUGAAGUACUAUCUAUAACAAAAACUCUUGAUAUAAAAAAGGACAAUACAAAGUUGUCAGCUAGGGGGCAUUUAAGCGAAUCGGUAGAAGACAAAUUCUACAAUAUGGAGAUCUUGGCAGAAUCACACAAACCUAAGGUCAGCUCAGCAUGUAAGGAACUUACACUUUCACAAAGUUCAACAAGGAUAAACUUAGUCACUCAACAUCAGGACUCUGUGGAUUGUAAAAACAGUGAAGUGCCUUCUUUAACCACAGAAAAGACAGAAGAAAGUUUUGCUGAGCCACCACUUUUGGAAGUCACAAAACUAGAGUUCACUCCUUCAGAGAGAGAAACAAGAGAUUCAUAUAACAAAGAUUUGCCUCUAAAAUUUUCUGAGUUCCCUCAGAAGACUAUAAUGCCCGGCUUCAAAACAACUGUGUAUGUGUCUCACAUAAAUGAUGUUUCAGACUUUUAUGUUCAACUAACAGAAGAUGAAGUGGAACUUAAUCAUCUUUCGGAGAGAUUAAAUGAUGUUAGUACAAGGCCCGAAUGUUAUGCAGGUCCACCUUUGCAAAGAGGAGAUAUAGUAUGUGCCAUUUUUCCAGAAGACAAUUUAUGGUAUCGUGCUGUGGUUAAGGAACACCAACCCAAUAAUCUUCUCUCUGUACAGUUUAUAGAUUAUGGCAAUGAUUCUGUGAUUCAUAAUAACAAGACAGGUAGACUUGACCUUAUUAAUGCGCUGUUACCAAGAUUGUGCAUCCACUGCUCCCUAAGGGGACUUUGGAGUCCUGAGAUUUUGAACUGUAAAGAAAUGACACGUUACUUUUCCCAAAGGACAGAGGAGGCUCAAAUAAGAUGUGAAUUUGUUAAAUUUCAAGACAGAUGGGAAGUUAUUCUUGCUGAUCAACAUGGGAUCAUAGCAGAAGAUAUGAUUAGCAGAUACGCUUUCCAUGAACAACCUGAAAUAGGACCUUCCACCCAAAUAUUGAACGGUACCUUUUCAAGGUCUGCCAACAAAACAAACAUGGACACGUCAGUAUUUCUUAACUGGUAUAAUCCAAAGAUGAAAAUGAUAAGAGCUUACGCCACUGUGAUCGAUGGACCUGAAUAUUUUUGGUGUCAGUUUGCCGAUACUGAGAAACUUCAAAAUUUAGAAGCAGAGGUACAAACUGCAGGAGAACAGGUGACAGACUGGAGAAGUUGUGUCUUGUGCCUUCACAUUGGGGAUCCUUGCAUAGUGAGAUACAGAGAAGAUGGGCAUUACUACAGGGCACUCAUCACCAGUGUUUGUGAGGAUUACUGCGCCUCCGCCAGGCUUGUGGACUUUGGAAACAUGGUAGACUCUGUGGACCCAGAAGCACUCCGGACCAUCCCUUCUGAACUUCUGCUGGUUCCUAUGCAAGCCUUUCCAUGUUGUCUCUCAGGAUUUAACGUUUCAGAGGGUGUGUGCCCUCCAGAGGGAAAUGACUACUUUUAUGAAAUAGUAACAGAAGAUGUCUUGGAGUUAACAAUAUUAGAAAUCAAAAAGGACAUUUGCGAUAUCCCAUUAGCAAUCGUUGACUUAAAAAGCAAAGGGGAAAGUAUUAAUGAAAAAAUGAAAAAAUAUUCUAAGAUUGGUAUUAGUAACAGCAAUCUGCCCUAUAAAAAAAAUGGGCCAGAGAUAAAGGGAGCUCUGGGACCCCCCAGCCCUGAUGUUGGACUUAAGAAACUGAUUAGCAAAGCUGGACAACAGAAAACACUGUAUGUGGAACCACAGACAGGUGAGCUCUUGGAAAGAAUUGGAAAAGACUUAAACAUGAUGGAAACCAAGCCAAAUAAGUUCUGUGAUCCUGAAACUGAUAAUGUUUUUGAAGCUUUUGAAAGCCCAUGCAAACAUAAAAUGGACACCGAAGUACCGGAAGGUAAAGUAGAGUGCCGUUUGGUCGACACAGCCACGUUUGAGAAUACAUACCUGAUUCCAGGGUUGAACACGUUACUACUGCAUGCCAGUGACACGAAGGAGAUGCUAGAACUGAAUUCACUUGAGGUGCCACUUUCUCCUGAUGAUGAAGCAGAAGAAUUCGUGGAACUAGAAUCCAUGGAGUUACAGCAUUCUCCAGUCGGCAAUGAAGAAAAAGAGGAGCCGGGCCUGGUGCCUCCGGUCUCACCACUCCCCCGCGGCUGUGACACAGAAGUCACCCUGGAGCCAUUCACAGUGCCGCUUCCCCUCAUCUGUGAAGCCGAGAAAGAGCCAGAGCUAGAAUUACCUGCAGCCCAGCUGAGCCUAGAAUCCACGUAUGCUCAGGACACGAGAAUGUCAAGUUGUGUGGAGUGUUUUGAUGACCAGCAUAGGUUGCCAGUGCAUCUACAUGGAAAGCCUUGUGAUCCCAAAACGCAGAUUGAAAUGGAUAUAUAUAAAGGAUAUUCAGAAUAUAAAAGCAGAGAUGUCAUUUCCUCAUUGAUGCCUUUGUUCUCUGAAGAAGAAUCUACAGAUGGGGGGAAACGGGGUGUUUUACCAGACCAUGUCUCAGCUCAACCAGAGAACACCUACACUCUGAAAGGAUUUACUGUGGGAUCUAGAUGUGUUGUGUGGUCAAGACAGACAUGGUCUGAAUGUGAGAUUUUGGAAAUAGCCGAAGAAGGCACAAAGGUUUUGAACCUGUCAGAUGGUAUUGAGGAGACGGUGAGCCCCGAGAAUGUCUGGAAUAGCAUACCCAAACUGGAUAACAGUCCAUCUGAAGCAUGGAAUUAUACAAAUGGUAAUUAGUGAGAGCAUUGUCCUUCAUUUUGAAAGACGACAAACUAUUUCCAAAGACUUGUGUGUAGGGAUAAUGGAAAG